GUUCCCUCCAGCCAUCUGAAAGAUGAGCUCCUGCACCAUCAUGUUACAGCUGCUGCUGUGGGGGCCUCUUCUCUUUGCCCCCACCAGGAGCUACAACCUGGAUGUGCAGCACGUGCAGAACUUCUCCAUCCCACAGGCUGGCAGGCACUUUGGGUACCGCGUCCUGCAGGUUGGAACAGGGGUUGUCGUGGGAGCGCCAGGUGAGGGCAAUAGCACCGGAAGCCUCUACCAGUGCCAGCCAGGCACUGGGAGCUGUGAGCUGGUCAGCCUGAGUGGUUCCAAUCAUACCUCCAAGUAUUUGGGAAUGACCUUGGCAACAGACUCCAAAAGUGAAAACCUUUUGGCCUGUGAUCCUGGGCUGUCUCGGAAGUGUGACCAGAAUACUUAUUUAAGUGGCCGGUGUUACCUCUUCCACAAGAAUCUGAGGGUUCCUGUGCACCAAGGGGACCCUGGUUAUCAGGAAUGUAUAAAGGGCAACGUAGACCUGGUGUUUCUGUUUGAUGGCUCAAUGAGCUUGCAAAAAGAUGAAUUUCAGAAAAUUCUGGACUUCAUGAAGGAUGUGAUGAGGAAACUCGGCAACUCUUCCUACCAGUUUGCUGCUGUGCAGUUUUCUACAACCCACAAAACAGAGUUUAACUUCUUGGACUAUGUUAAAUGGAAGGACCCUGACACUCUGCUGGGCAAUGUAAAACACAUGAGCCAGUUAACCAACACCUUUGGGGCCGUCAACUAUGUCGCGACAGAGGUGUUUCGGCAGGACUUGGGGGCCCGGCUGGAUGCAACCAAAGUGCUCAUCAUCAUCACUGACGGGGAAGCCACCGACUCUGGCAACAUCGACAACGCCAAAGACAUCAUCCGCUACAUCAUUGGGAUUGGCAAGCAAUUUAAGACAAAGCAAAGUCAAGAGACACUCCACAAAUUUGCUUCGAAACCCACAACGGAUUUUGUCAAAAUUCUGGACACAUUUGAGAAGCUUAAAGACUUGUUCACUGAGCUGCAAAAGAAGAUAUAUACCAUUGAAGGCACAAGCAAGCUGGACCUGACGUCCUUCGACAUGGAACUGUCUUCCAGUGGCAUCAGUGCUUCCCUCAGCAAGGGCCGGGGCGCUGUGGGGGCAGUUGGAGCCAAGGACUGGGCCGGGGGCUUUCUAGACCUGAAGGAGGAUCUGCAGGAUGCUACAUUUGUGGGGAAUGAGCCGCUGACACCAGAAGUGAAAGAGGGCUAUUUGGGUUACACAGUCGCCUGGCUGUCCUCUGGAGAACUCACACCACUGCUGGCAGCUGGAGCCCCCCGAUACCAGCAUGUGGGGCGGGUGCUACUGUUUCAAGAGACUGAGAGCAAAGGAGACUGGAGACAAGUUCAGGAACUAGAUGGGGACCAGAUUGGCUCUUAUUUUGGUGGUGAGUUGUGCGGCGUUGACAUGGACCAAAAUGGGAAGACAGAGCUACUGCUGAUUGGAGCCCCCCUGUUCUAUGGAGACCAGAGAGGAGGCCGGGUGUUUAUUUACCAGAGAAAAAAGCUGGAGUUUGAAAUGGUCUCAGAGCUGCAGGGGGACCCUGGCUACCCCCUGGGGCAAUUUGGAGCGGCCAUCACUGCCUUGAAUGACAUCAAUGGAGACGGGCUGAUGGACGUGGCUGUGGGAGCCCCGCUGGAAAAGCAGGGGGCUGUGUACAUCUUCAAUGGGCAGCAAGGGGGUCUGAGCCCCCGGCCAAGCCAGCGGAUAGAUGGGGCCCAGGCGUUCCCAGGAAUUCAGUGGUUUGGACGCUCUAUUCACGGGGUGAAGGACCUCGGAGGGGAUGGCCUGGUAGAUGUGGCUGUCGGGGCCAAGGGCCAGGUGAUCGUGCUGAGCUCCCGGCCCGUAGUGGACAUCAUCACACAGAUAUCCUUCUCCCCGGCUGAAAUCCCGGUGCAUGAAGUCGAGUGCUCCUUUUCAGCCAGCGACAAGGACAAGGAGAAGGAAGGUGUUGUCAUCACAGUCUGUUUCCAGGUCAAGUCUCUCAUGCCCCAUUUCCAAGGGCCCCUGACUACCAGCCUCCAUUACACUCUGCAGCUAGAUGCUCAUCGGACCCGAAGCCGGGGCUUAUUCGCAAAUGGGAGAUCUGAGCAAAGCGGGGACGUAGUGAUCACCCCAGACCAGUCCUGCACUCACUUCAACUUCCAUUUCCCGGUAUGCAUUCAGGACCUCAUCUCGCCCAUCAGUGUCUCCCUAAAUUUCUCUCUCCGGGAGGAAGAAGGCUCAUUGAGGGAACAAAGUGCGGGUAAGGACAUGCGGCCCAUCCUGAGCCCCUCAGCGCACUCGGAGACCAAGGAGAUCCCGUUUGAGAAGAACUGUGGGGAGGACAAGCAAUGUGAGGCAAACCUGAAGCUGCUCUUCUCCCAGGAAAGAGACAGAGCCCUACGCCUGACCGCCUCUGCCAGCCUCUCUGUGGGGCUGACACUGAGUAACUUGGGAGAAGACGCUUACUGGGUCAAGCUGCACAUGAGCUUCCCCCAGGGACUCUCCUUCCGCAAAGUGGAGCUGUUCAAGCCUCGCAGACAGAUACCUGUGAGUUGCGAGGAGCUUCCUGGCAAAUCCAAGCUCCCCACCAAGACCCUCUCUUGCAAUGUGAGCUCCCCCAUCUUUAAAGCAGGCAGCUCGGUUGACAUCCAAGUGAUGUUCUAUACACUGCUGAACAGCUCCUGGGGGGACUUGGUUGAGCUGCAGGCUGAAGUGAGCUGUAAAAAUGAAGACUCUGGCCUUCUGAAAGACAACUCAGCCAACACCAGCAUCCCGGUCAUGUACCCCAUCAACAUCCUCACAGAGGACAAGGAAGAUUCUACACCGUAUAUCAGCUUCAUCUCCAAGGAUCUCAAGAAACAACAUUUCAAGCACAUCUACCAGGUAACGGUUCAGCCCUUUGGCCAGGACAACAAAUUGCCCUCCCUGGAGGCCUUGGUUGGAGUUUCACAGCAUCACGUCACGGAGCCCCUCAAAUACACAUACGACGUGCAACUGGAGCCGCCUGUCACCUGCUACCAGGAGGACCUGGGGACGCUGCCUGAGGUGACUGAGCCUUGCCAGCACCUGGCCCAGCACCGCUGCCCAGUUGACUUUCAGCAGAAACUCCUCGUGAAAGUGACGGGGACCGUGGAGCUGAUCAAGGAGGUCCAGGCCUCCUCCAUGUUCAGCCUCUGCAGCUCCCUCUCCAUCUCCUUCAACAGCACCAGGCAUUUCCACCUCUACGGCAGUAACGCCUCCCUGGCCCAGGUCAUCACAAAGGUCGAAAUUGUGAAUGAGAAGGAAAAUCUCCAGCUCUAUUUGUGGAGCGGCGUCGGGGGGUUGUUGCUGCUGCUGCUGAUUUUCCUGGCACUCUAUAAGGUCGGCUUCUUCAAGCGGGACCUGAAGGAGAAGAUGGAGGCUAACAUAGAUGCCCCCAAUGGAAUCCCCGGGGGAGACUCUGGGCAGCCAGCACCAGAGGAGGUGGUGGAGACCCUCCUAGGGGAGAAGGCCCAGGAAUAAGGUGGCAAAGACUCCGAUCAGGCCUGAGCAGAGAGGCCUGGGGCAGGGGCCUCUGCUGCAUUUUACUGUGUUCUCAGGCAAAUCA